AAUAAGUUACGUCAUUUUUUUAUAUAUACCCUUCUAGUCUCAAGGAAUCACAGUCGCGCUAUAUUAGCAAAGUAAGUACUUUUUAAUAAGUAAGUUCUAAGUUAUGUUUUCUCCAAAGGAAGAGUGAGUUUGCAAUGAAUCAGUUCAUGAGAAGAUCAGUCAGAGGACACACUGAGUUCAGUCAUUUUCUAGUUCUGUUUGCGUCUUUAGGUGCCUACUUACGUUAUCUUCACGUUGAGUUGGUUUCGGGGUGGACAGAACAGUUAAGUUUCGACAAUGCAUUCCAAAUUGUGUGUGUACGUGUUACUAGUCAUUUCUUGUCAUUUAGCAAGACCACAGUACUUGACAACCCGCGUGGUCGGCGGGUCACCGACCUCGGUACAGCUGUACCCCAUAGUCGCGCAACUGCUGUUGGACUCGUGGGGCGCGCAGCAGUACGCACAGCACUGCGCAGGCGUAAUCCUCACCGCCCGCCAUCUUGUCUCCACCGCGCACUGCUACCAACAUAACACCCAAACCAACACUAAUUACACCUUACCAAAAUACUGGAAAGUUCGUGUGGGUUCAUCUUAUCGCUCGGGAGGCGGUGUGAUCCACUCUGUAAAAUCCAUCAUACCUCAUAAAGAGUUCGACCCUUACUUCUAUAGCAACGACAUAGCUGUGGUAGUGGUGAGGAGGAAGUUCACCUUCAACAGUUAUGUCGGGCAGGCGACUAUUGCUAAAAGCAGGAGCGAAGUCAGAGAGGGGUCUUUUUGUACCCUCGUAGGAUGGGGGUCGGCUGAGACUUCAGGCCCGCAAUCGGAGCAACUGCAACAAACGAUGAUGUAUACAAUCGAUAACGAAGUAUGUCGCGCGAGGUACAACACUAUUGGCGCUGCUGUCAUGCCUUCAAUGUUAUGCGCGGGAAAACUAGACAUGGGUGGCGCCGACGGUUGCUAUGGCGACAGUGGAGGACCGCUUAUUUAUAAAGGAGUUGUUAUUGGGCUGGUCUCUUUCGGCUACGACUGUGGACAUCCGUACUACCCUGGAGUGUACACCAAGAUCAGCCACUUUACUGACUGGAUUGUGAACGUUAUUAAUAAUAAUAAGUAGGUAGGGUCAAAACAUGGCGUGGUAUGAGCAUGUAAUGAGGGAUGAAACGCACAGGCUCUAGACUGACGGACCGCAUUUCAACUGCAAUCCAACCGAAAAUUGCAGUUCAGGUGCAGUUUGAAUGCAGUUGGCACGACUCCAAUAGAACUGCAAAUCCACUGUGCAGCACG